AUGCAAAAACAAAAAACUCCGGUGCAGACUUGGGAUGACUUUGUAAAAGCAUUUCGUGCGAAAUAUGUCCCCCCUGUCUACUGUGAUGCAAAGAAAAACAAGUUUCUGAAUUUAAGACAAGGGAGUAUGUCUAUUGCAGAGUAUCAACAAAAAUUUUAUAGGCUUUCUCGCUAUGCUGGAGGUAUUAUUGAUGGUGAAAGAGACAAGUACAGAAAAUUUGAAGAAGGUUUGAAUGAUUACAUUCGAAAAUCUGUGGCAAUCUUGCAACUUGAGGAUUUUUCCAAGCUAAUUUCAGCUGCUCUUACUUGGGAAAGAAUUGACAAGGAAGAAGCUAGUAGGAGAGAAAACAAGUUUAGGAAAGGUAAUUCAGAUUAUGACGGUCCAUCCAAGAAGGGAAAGUUUGACUAUUCCAAGACUGAAAGUGCACAGAAGUCAUCAUAUCAUAAGCAGAAUAAGCCAAAUUUCUCUACUGCUAAUACUCCAAGUUAUGUCCAAGGCAAAACUUAUACACCUACUUGUACACAAUGCGGAAAGAAUCACUAUGGUGCCUGCAGAAGAGCUUCUGGUGCUUGUUUUAAUUGUGGAGGUAAGGAUCAUAAAGUGAAGGAUUGUCCUAAUCCUAAUCCUCUUUCUUAUACACAUAUAGAGGACUCAGUUCAAAAGCCUAUCACUACUCAUUCUCAAGCUAAUAGCGGUGCAAGACUUAGAAAUAUGCAAGCGGCGGGUUCGGGUGGAGCUAAUCAGGAUAGUGGGUCGAGAUCUACUGCAUGA